UAAAACAUGGCGGCGGCGCUACAGAAGAAACGUGUUAGCUGCAAACAAAAACAGUUUUGCUGGUGUACUUAGUCGAAUUUCUUUUUUUUAUUAUCUGCGGAUCAAAGCAUAUUUUCGGAUAAAUGUCUACGAAUAUACGGGAUGGGGGUUGCUAUAUAUAUUAAGGUGACAUGAAUCAUCUUGUAAAGCGGACAAACUGGCACAGCUAACGUUAGCCAGUCUUAUCUGCAGCAGAAUCAGCCACUAACAAACUAAUCCGCAGGAUAAUCCAGUCGGUUGUGACUACUAGCGGGACCACUGUGUUAUAUGUCGGUCGGAACAGCACGAAAUAAAUAUAUUUCUGUUUCAAUGCAUCUUAGGGAAUGAAUUACAGGGAACUGCAAUAGAACAUCGUAAAUGAUCAACAGUUAAACUGUCAUAAUUCAUUCGGAUCUGUGCACUGAAUAUUUUUCUAACAAACGAAAUGGAAUUAAACUUAAACCACGUUGAUUAUCUCCAGGUUGGGGUGACAUCUCAAAAAACCAUGAAACUCCUCCCUUCUGUUGGUCGAAAAGCAACUCAGAAGGUGGCUGUUGCAGAUCAUGAUGGUGUUGUGACCUGUUUUGGAAUGAAAAAAGGGGAGGCUGUGCCUGUGUUCAAAUCGCUCCCAGGACAGAAGAUCUCCAGACUUGAGCUUGGAGGGGCAUUGGGCACCCCACAGGAAAAGAUCUUUGUGAGCUCUGGGUCUGAAGUUAGGGGAUACACUAAAAAGGGCAAACAGUUCCUUACAUUUGAGGCCAACCUAACAGAGAGCAUUAAUGCCAUGCAUGUCUCAGGGGCAGAUCUUUUUGUGUGUGCCAGUUACAUUUAUAACCAUUACUGUGACUGCAAGGAUCAGGACUACUACCUCUCAGGAGACAAGAUCAAUGACGUCCUGUGUUUACCUGUGGAGACCGUGGGCCGCAUUGUACCCAUCCUGGCCUGCCAGGACAGAGUACUUCGAGUAUUGCAGGGAUCUGACCUUCAGUACGAUGUAGAAGUGCCCGGACCUCCAACUGUUCUAGAACUCCUUAACAGAGAUGGAGGAAAAGGUGGUGAAGAGGUUCUUUAUGGAACAGCUGAUGGGAAACUGGGUCUUGUGCGAAUAACCAAAUCUGGACCCAUUACCGGUUGGGAACUGGAUAAUGAGAAGAAAAAAGGAGGUGUGCUUUGCAUCGAUACAUUUGACAUUGCUGGUGAUGGUGUAAAGGACAUCCUGGUGGGAAGGGAUGAUGGGACUAUGGAGGUCUACAGUUUGGAUGGUUCAAAUGAACCAGCACUGCGAUUUGAGAAUGUUUUGUCUGAGAGCGUCACGUCAAUCCAGGGUGGCUGCGUCGGAAAGGAAAUGUACGAUGAAGUUCUUACAACAACUUACACAGGAUGGGUGUCAGGUCUCACCACAGAGCCUCAGCAGAUGGUAGCAGGCCCAGGGGAUGAGAUCAAGAUGAGCCGAGAGACCCAGGGCAAGGUUUCUGCACUCCGGGCUGAGUUGGAGCAGUUGCAGGCGAAAGUAUUGCAGGGGAGAGAAAAAUACCAGCAGAGCUCUCAGUCCAGCACGGCUGUGUCUGCUGUGCCAGUCUUUAGCAUCAAUGACAAGUUCACAUUGUGCCAGGAUGAUGCCAGCUACAGCCUCACACUUGAGGUGCAGACCGCCAUUGACAACCUGCUGCUACAGAGUGAUGUUCCUAUUGACCUGCUGGAUGUUGAUAAGAAUUCAGCAGUGGUCAGUUUCAGCGAAUGUGAUUCAGAGUCAAAUGGGAACUUCCUCCUCGCCACCUACAGGUGCCAAGCAAAUACCACUAGGCUUGAACUGAAGGUGAGGUCUAUUGAGGGUCAGUAUGGCACCCUUCAGGCUUACGUGACGCCAAGGCUUCAGCCCAAAACCUGCCAAGUGCGACAGUACCAGAUCAAACCACUUUCCCUCCACCAGAGGACACACUCAAUCGACCAGGAGCGGCCUGUGAACACCUUGAGACUGACAGGACAGUUCAGUUUUGCUGAGAUCCAUUCCUGGGUUGUGUUCUGUUUGCCUGAGGUCCCAGAGAAAACUCCGGCAGGAGACAGCAUCACUUUCUACUUUCAGAACACUUUCUUGGGAACACAGCUAGAAGCCACCUAUUGUAAAGGUGAAGCAAACUUCAAAUCUGACAACAUUUCUACCAUAUCCAUACUGAAGGAUGUUUUGUCCAAAGAGGCCACUAAGCGAAAAAUCAAUCUGAAUAUAUCCUACGAGGUGAGUGAAGACUCUGUGAGCCAUACUCUUCGAAUGAUUCAUCCCAAGCUAGAGUAUCAGCUGAUUUUGGCCAAAAAAGUUCAGCUUAUUGAUGCUUUAAAGGAGCUGCAGGUGCAUGAGGGGAAUGCUGAUUUUCUGAUUCCAGAGUAUCGCAGUAUACUGGAUGAAUCUGCCCAGCUCUUAGAAGAAUAUAAGAAACAACCUGCUCACUUAGAACGAUUGUACGGUAUGAUCACCGAUCUUUUCAUUGACAAGUUCAAAUUUAAGGGACAGAAUGUCAAAACAAAGGUUUCACAGCUGCUUGCAAUUUUGAACAACUAUGAACUUGAUUCAUUGAUGGAUUUUUUCAGUAAAGCUUAAUGAAAUGUAAAAUACAAUUACUAUUAAGUAAUGUGUUUGUGAAUUUAGUUUUUAUAGUAAACAUAUGUUAUACUAUAGGGAUACAUAUUGUACCAUACAGAUUUAAAUUUAAAAUGUGUAAUGUAAUGAUUACAUUGAUAAACUAUAUGUGACUACAGUUAUUUACUAUAUUUUUAGAAUACUCAUCCAUUGUCUAGAUGCAUUUCUACAGAAAUAAAAAAAAAAACUUGUGAAAAA